AUGCAAAAUUGCAAACGUAUCGUAUCGUCACUGUCGACACUAAGUGGUCAUCGUUCGAUUUCCACCACCGCACCGCUGGAAGGCAAACGUAAUUUCCGUAAAUUCUUGGUUUACAAUAAACGAGGCACCAGAGUCGUCAAAGAAGCACAACGUAAAAAUCCUCUCGAGGCACCGGUACCAAUUCACAAGCGUGGUGUCCGCGAUACCGGCAUCUAUGUAAAUGGCAAAUAUGUUGAGAUUCCAGAAAAGAUUCCCGAAUUAAUUGUACCCGAUUUGGAGGGAUGCAAAUUGCGGCCAUAUGUUUCAUAUAAGGCACCCGAAGUCAUACAAUCGGAAUUCACCAGUUUGGAUUUGUUCAAUGCCGUAUAUUCGAAGAAGAUUAUCGAUGACUUCAAGGAGGGCAAGUUGAAGGAAGAUUUGUCGCCUGUGGAACCUUCAGAGAAUGAAAAGUUGACUGCAGAGGAGGCCCUGAUACGUGCUAGAAAGACCGGCUCUGAUAUUUUCUAA